CGAAGUGGGCGCCUCGUAUUGUUCCACGACUAUAUAAGGUGUACCCGGUUCAUUCGGUCGGCAGAACCAUCACGGCUCCGCGGAUCCUAUAAGCGAACAUGAGGUCCCUCCUUCUCAUCUCGUGCCUCGUGCUCUCGGCGAAAGCCCUACCCGGCUACGCGCCCUACCCCGUCUACGGCGCAGCGUACCACGGCCCUCCUGCGCCGCUAGCCCACGACGGCCGCGUGGUAGACACGCCGGAAGUGGCUCACGCUAAGGCAGCGCACCUGGCGGCGCACGCUGCGGAAGCGGCGAAAGCUUCUCCCUACGCGCCGGACUACAACGACGAAUACAGCGCGCCCUACGCAACAGCGCCAUUGCAAGUAGCGUACCAUGGACCACCAGCGCCACUAGCCCACGACGGAAGAGUGGUCGACACGGCGGAAGUGGCCCAUGCGAAGGCAGCCCACUUGGCAGCCCAUGCCGAGCAAAUUUCGAAAAUCUCUCAUCUGGCUUACUCGGAUCCCUAUGCUCAGCCACACUGCGUGACCUUGAAGUCGCUGGAUCGACGCACCGCGAGGAGGUUCGACAAGAUGAUGCACUAUCUCGUACUUUUCUCGGUCACCCUAAACGUAGUCCUUUGUGCGCCACAAUGGUACGGAGGCGGUCAUCCUGGGGCAUACGGCGGCCACGCAGCACCAGCGCCGUUGGGCCCAGACGGCAGAGUAGUAGACACGCCGGAAGUGGCGCAGCUGAAGGCUGCUCAUUUGGCUGCUUUGGCUGACGCUAAUGCUAGGGCGCCGAAAGGACCUACCGGUGCUGGCCCAUAUCCUGGCCCUCCUGGGUACGCUCCUGGAAACUAUGCACACUACAGUGGCCCGCCAGCUCCACUGGGCCCAGACGGCCGAGUGGUAGACACACCGGAAGUGCAGCAAGCCAAGGCCGUCCAUUUCUCCCUCUACAACUCCGAGGCGCAACGGGGCCCGGGAGUCCCACCAGGCCCACCAGGCCCAGCCCCAUCAUGGAACCCGUCGGGCGCCUACAAUCCACCCAAUCCAUGGGGCCAGCAGAACAACUGGAAUCACUACUAG